AUGGAUUUGGUCAACCACUUAGAAGGCCGGCUACUCUUCGCUGUCCCCAAGAAGGGACGCCUCAAUGCCGCCACCCUGAACAUCCUCGAGGGCGCCGACAUUCAGUUUAGACGCGAAAACCGUCUCGACAUUGCACUUGUCAAGAACCUGCCCAUCGCCCUCAUCUUCCUCCCCGCCGCUGAUAUCCCAACAUUCGUGGGCGAGGGUCGUGUGGACCUGGGAAUUACUGGAUAUGACGUGGUGCAAGAGCACGAUGCCGGUGUGCGGUUAGUCUACAAGAAGAGAAGGUUCUCAGGCGAGAUUACGCCUGAGGAGGAGAGCGCAAAGACUGCCCUCACUGGUUGCGAGACCAUUUUGGAUCUGGGUUUUGGUGCCUGCAAGCUGCAAGUCCAGGUUCCCGAGAAGGGCGCUUAUGUCUCUUCCAAGGACCUCAUUGGCAAGAACAUUGGCACCAGCUUUGUCCACCUGACGGAGAAGUUCUUUGCCAGCUUGGAACGUGAGGCAGGCGAACCCAGUGGUCUCGACGGCAAGAUCAAGACCAACAUUGUUGAGUUGAGCGGCAGUGUCGAGGCAGCUUGCGCGCUGGGAGUCGCAGAUGGCAUCGUGGAUCUGGUCGAGUCUGGCGAGACAAUGAAGGCGGCUGGCCUCAAGGCCAUUGACACUGUUGUCGAAUCCAGCGCCAUCCUCAUCAAAUCCAAGUCGCCCAGCAACCCCGAAUUGGUCGACCUCAUUGCCUCUCGCAUCCGUGGUGUGAUUGCAGCAAAGAAAUUUGUCCUUUGCCAGUACAACAUCCAGAGAAGCUCGCUAGCAACGGCCACAAAGAUUGCUCCCGGAAAGCGUGCCCCUACAAUCACUUCGCUUGAUGAGGAGGGUUGGGUCGCCGUAAGCGUCAUGGUCGAGAAGAAGCAGAUUGCUCUGGUCAUGGACGAGCUGACAAAAGUUGGCGCCACCGACAUUUUGGUGCUGCAAAUUGCCAACACGCGGACAGACUGA